UGUCUUUUUGCCUGUGCUCUUCAGCCCCACAUGACAUUGACAUGAAGCAGUAACCUAAAAUUCUAUUAAUUCUGUGAUAAUUUAAUUUUUAUGAAACCAAAAUGACGAUUUCAAACUUUUUACGAUUAUCAAACGUUCUUAGAAGUGUAAAUAAAUCAAAUGUUUCACAAAUCGAGAAAUUCUCGUCUCAUGUCAAAUAUGCAGAACACAAGCCUUUGGAGAAGAUCAGAAACAUUGGUAUUUCUGCCCAUAUAGAUUCGGGGAAAACUACUCUUACUGAGAGAAUACUGUACUAUACCGGCAGAAUAGACCAAAUGCACGAGGUUAGAGGCAAAGACAAUGUGGGCGCUGUAAUGGACUCCAUGGAGUUAGAACGCCAAAGAGGUAUUACCAUCCAAUCCGCAGCCACAUACACAAUCUGGAAGGAUCAUAAUAUCAAUAUCAUCGACACUCCUGGCCACGUAGACUUCACAGUGGAGGUAGAACGAGCUCUGCGAGUGUUGGAUGGAGCUGUGCUCGUGUUGUGUGCUGUCGGUGGAGUACAGAGCCAGACUUUGACCGUGAAUAGGCAAAUGAAGAGAUAUAAUGUGCCUUGUCUCGCUUUUAUUAACAAGCUGGAUAGGAUGGGAGCUAAUCCUUACAGAGUUAUAAAACAAAUGCGUUCCAAAAUGAACCACAAUGCCGCAUUUGUUCAGCUUCCAAUAGGAUUAGAGAAAGAAUGCCAAGGUAUCUUAGAUCUGAUUGAGGAGAGGGCUAUCUACUUCGAUGGUGAUUACGGAGAGACUAUCAGGUACGAUGAGGUACCGAAGGACAACAGAGCAGAAGUGCAGGAAAGGAGACAUGAGUUAAUUGAGCACUUGUCCAAUGUUGACGAGACUUUGGGAGAACUGUUUCUCGAAGAAAAAACACCAACAGUAGCAGACAUCAAGCAGGCAGUCCGACGAACAACCCUCAAACGUUCCUUCACACCAGUUCUCGUAGGCACAGCAUUAAAGAACAAAGGAGUCCAACCUUUACUUGAUGCUGUACUGGAAUACUUACCAAACCCUGGUGAGGUGGAAAACACAGCCAUGUUGAAUGAAGAUAAGGAGGGUGAGGGCCAAACAAUCAUGUUGGAUCCCUCGAGGAAUGAUAAGAAGCCGUUUGUUGGGUUAGCGUUCAAGUUGGAAGUGAGCAAGUUCGGUCAGCUUACAUACUUGAGAUGUUACCAGGGUAUGCUGAAGAGAGGAGAGAAUAUUUUCAAUGCUAGGACUAAUAAGAAGGUCAAAAUCUCCCGUCUAGUCCGUAUGCACUCUAACAACAUGGAAGAGGUAACAGAAGUGAUGGCUGGCGAUAUCUUCGCAUUGUUCGGCGUAGAUUGCGCGUCCGGUGACACGUUCGUUAACGAUGGCAAGCUACAGCUGGCAAUGGAAUCUAUACACGUACCUGACCCCGUCGUUUCCAUGGCUAUCAAACCGAAGAAUAAUAAAGAUAGAGAUAAUUUCUCGAAAGCUGUUGCUAGAUUUACCAAAGAGGAUCCUACAUUCCAGUUCCGUUAUGACCCAGACAACAAGGAAACUAUUGUGUCUGGUAUGGGUGAGCUACACUUAGAGAUCUACGCCCAGAGGAUGGAGAGAGAGUACAACUGUCCUGUCGAGCUGGGCAAACCUAAGGUGGCGUUCAGAGAAACAAUGAUGUCGCCUUGCACCUUCGACUACCUCCACAAGAAGCAGUCUGGCGGUGCUGGUCAGUACGCCAGGGUGACUGGUAUCAUGGAACCGUUGCCUCCACACCAAAAUACCACCCUAGAAUUCGUAGACGAAACAAUCGGAACGAAUGUACCGAAGCAGUUUGUGCCUGGCGUAGAGAAAGGUUUCCUGGACACCUGCCAGAAAGGCUACCUGUCUGGACACAAAGUAUCUGGCGUGAAGUUCAGGCUGCAAGACGGUGCUCACCAUAUCGUGGACUCCAGCGAACUGGCUUUCUUCUUGGCUGCUAAGGGAGCUGUUAAAGAAGUAUUCGACGAGGGCGCCUGGCAGAUUCUGGAACCUAUAAUGUUUGUGGAAGUAACUCUACCUGAAGAGUUCCAUGGUACCGUGGUGGGACAGCUGAACAAGCGAGGAGGUAUCAUCACUGGCUCGGAGGGAACUGAAGGGUGGACCACGAUAUACGCUGAAGUACCUCUGAACAACAUGUUCGGAUAUGCUGGUGAACUUAGGUCAAUGACACAAGGCAAGGGAGAGUUCAGCAUGGAAUACAGCAGAUACUCCCCGUGCUUACCUGAUGUCCAAGAGAAGUUGAUCAGGAAACACCAAGAAGAUAUGGGUCUUCUACCAGACCAGAAGAAGAAGAAGAAUUAACCGCCUAGUUAAUGUUUAGACUAAUUUAUUUUAUGGUCAGGGUAUACGUAGUUAAAGUAUGUGUAGAUUGAUACAGACAUACAGUAAAUUUACUUAAGUCUGACUGCCGGUAGAUAGAAUAAGUUUUGAAGGCAAAUCUUUCUUUAACGAUACACAAAUGCUGGCCAUUAGACACUUGAAGGGUUAAUAUUGAUCUUAAAAAUUAAUCUGGGAAUGUCUAGAGGAAAGAUAUUGAUACACAGACUAACUAUAGUCUGAUUAUGAUCAUUAACUGAACUUGAUUGACACAUGAAAUGAAAUAUGUGAUUGAAAAGAAAUUACGUUAAUUUCUGUGCAUUUCUAUAUUGCAUAUCAAUAUGUAAAAUUGUGUGUUUAUAUGUUUUGCGCACACAGUCUAUACAAGAUUGCGCAUUGCGCAAACAGCGUUAUCAUGUUUGCGCAAUUUGCGCCAAAGAUACCUUAGCGUAUCUAUUUGUAUUAUACAAUUUGCGUAUACCCGGAUCUAUACCAUUAUUUUUAUUAUUGUUUUAAGGCGAUAUUUAGUAUAAAUAAUAAAUCUAAUAUAAUAUAAUGAUUUUAAAA